GCGCCGUGAGGGCUCUGGACACAGGCGCUGCACCAUGGCUGCGGCCCCGGCUCGGGGCAGGGUCCCGGCGGCGCCUCUUCAGUACCGCGUGCAGCUGCGCUUCGUGACGGAGGAGCAACUCUUCGGGGCCGGGCCCCUGUCGCCCCCCAAUCCGAAAUCUCUGCGGCUAGUGGUGCACCCAGCAGGGGAGGAGGCGGACGCGACGGUGACUGAUGCUGAUGGCGUCUGUGUCUUUAAAUGCUCAUUCAACAGAGACACUGAAUGUUGCCGUGUGGGGAAGGAGUCCAUCUUGAUUACUCUGGGAUACAAUAGUGCUUUGCUGAAGUUUGAAUCUCAUGCUGAAUUCAGUGCAUUUUCAAAUACCUUGAAGAGAUGCUGGAAUGAGAAAAAGGAAUACUCGGUGUUUAAUCAGCGGACAGAAGAGGCGUCAGCUGCACAAUACUUCCAGUUUUAUGGCUGCAUUUCCCAGCAGCAGAAUAUGAUGCAAGAUUUCGUGAGGACAGCCACUUACCACAGAGCCAUCCUCCAGAACCACAUUGAUUUUAGAGACAAGGUUGUUCUAGAUGUUGGUUGUGGAUCAGGAAUACUGUCAUUCUUCGCCGCUCAGGCUGGCGCUAGGAGAGUGUAUGCGGUGGAAGCCAGUUCAGUGGCACAGUAUGCCGAGAUGCUUGUGAAAAAUAACCGCCUUUCAGACAAGAUCAUUGUUUUGCCAGGGAAAAUUGAGGAAAUCUCACUUCCUGAGGCUGUAGAUGUGAUAAUUUCUGAACCAAUGGGAUACAUGCUGUUCAAUGAAAGGAUGCUGGAGAGUUACCUUCAUUCCAAAAAAUGGCUGAAAGCAAACGGAAUGAUGUUUCCAACGUUCAGUGAUAUCCACUUGGCCCCCUUUUCUGAUGAACAGCUCUACAUGGAGCACUACUCCAGAGCCAACUUCUGGUAUCAGCAGUGCUUCUAUGGGGUUAACCUGUCCAGUCUCCGAGGUGCUGCAGUGGAUGAAUACUUCAGACAGCCAAUAGUAGACACAUUUGACAUUAGGAUUUUGAUGGCUCGGACAGUCAAGUACACAGUAAACUUUAUGGACGCCAAGGAAGCAGACCUCCAAAGAGUAGAAAUCCCCUUUGUGUUUCAGAUGGCACAGUCUGGCCUCGUCCACGGCCUGGCCUUCUGGUUUGACGUGGCCUUUGUUGGAUCUCUGGUAACAGUUUGGCUGUCAACAGCCCCAACUGAACCUCUGACCCAUUGGUAUCAGGUGCGGUGCCUUCUUCAGACUCCUCUCUUUGCCAAGGAAGGGGAGACACUCUCAGGGAAAGUGCUGUUUGUAGCCAACAAACGACAGAGCUAUGACAUUCAGAUCGUGGCGCUGGUUAACCAGACGGGCUUCAGAUCUGGGAACAUCCUCGAUUUAAAGAAUCCUUUUUUUAGAGUUGCUAUGAUGGAAGUCAAAGGGAAAAAGAAAUUCACAGGAAAGAGUUCAAAGGCAUCACAAGGAAAUAAACGAGCUCAUAAGCACAAUGAUUCUAAUUCUUCAAAGACAUUCCCAAGAAAAGUUAAGGAAAGUGAACCUAAAAUCACAUCAAAAAACUUCGAAAAAACUGCCACAAAACCUGGGAAAAAAGGUGUGAAGCAGUUCAAGAAUAAACAGCAAGGAGAUAAAAUACCAAAGAAUAAAUUCCAACGGCCAGAUAAAUUUCACAGGAAGAGAAAAUUCCAGCUGGAUGGUAAAAGUGAUGACUCAGCAGCCAAGAAACCCAAAUGGGAUGACUUCAAAAAGAAGAAGAAAGAACUGAAGCAGAGCAGGCAACUCAGUGAUAAAACCAACUAUGACAUUGUUGUUCGUGCAAAGCAGAUUUGGGAGAUCUUAAGAAGAAAAGAUUGUGACAAAGAAAAAAGAGUGAAGUUGAUGAGUGAUUUGCAGAAGUUGAUUCAGGGGAAAAUUAAAACUAUUGCAUUUGCCCAUGAUUCAACUCGUGUUAUCCAGUGUUACAUUCAGUACGGUAAUGAAGAACAGAGAAAACAGGCUUUUGAAGAAUUGCAAGGUGAUUUGGUUGAAUUAAGUAAAGCAAAAUAUUCCAGAAAUAUUGUUAAGAAAUUUCUCAUGUAUGGGACUAAACCACAGAUUGCAGAAAUAAUAAAAAGUUUUAGAGGCCAUGUGAGGAAGAUGCUACGGCAUGCAGAAGCCUCAGCCAUCGUGGAGUAUGCCUACAAUGACAAAGCCAUUUUGGAACAGAGAAACAUGCUGACAGAGGAACUCUACGGCAAUACAUUUCAACUUUUCAAGUCAGCAGAUCACCCAACUUUGGACAAAGUGUUAGAGGUUCAGCCAGAAAAACUAGAGCUUAUCAUGGAUGAAAUGAAACAGAUCCUGACUCCAAUGGCCCAAAAGGAAGCUGUGAUUAAGCAUUCGUUGGUACAUAAAGUGUUCUUGGACUUUUUUACUUAUGCACCCCCAAAGCUAAGAUCAGAAAUGAUCGAAGCCAUUCGAGAAGCAGUGGUAUACCUGGCACACACACAUGAUGGCGCCAGAGUGGCCAUGCACUGCUUGUGGCAUGGCACACCCAAGGAUAGGAAAGUCAUUGUGAAAACAAUGAAGACUUAUGUUGAAAAGGUGGCUAAUGGCCAGUACUCCCAUUUGGUUUUAUUGGCAGCAUUUGAUUGUAUUGAUGAUACUAAACUUGUGAAGCAGAUAAUCAUAUCAGAAAUUAUUAAUUCUUUGCCAAACCUAGUAAGUGACAAGUAUGGAAGGAAGGUCCUGUUGUAUUUACUAAGUCCCAGAGACCCAGCACAUACAGUACGAGAAAUCAUUGAAGUUCUGCAGAAGGGAGAUGGAAAUGCACACAGUAAGAAAGAUACAGAAAUUCGCCGACGAGAACUCUUAGAAUCCAUUUCUCCGGCUUUGUUAAGCUACCUGCAAGGACAUGCCCAAGAGGUGGUGUUAGAUAAGGCUGCGUGUGUGUUGGUGUCUGACAUUCUGGGAGCUGCCAUUGGAGACGUUCAGCCUGCCAUGAAUGCCAUCGCCAGCUUGGCAGCAGCAGAGCUAUAUCCUGGUGGCAAGGAUGGUGAGCUUCAUGUUGCAGAACAUCCUGCAGGACAUCUAGUUCUGAAGUGGUUAAUAGAGCAAGAUAAAAAGAUGAAAGAAAAUGGAAGAGAAGGUUGUUUUGCAAAAACCCUCUUUGAGCAUGUUGGUAUGAAGAACCUGAAGUCCUGGGCCAGUGUAAACCGAGGUGCCAUUAUUCUUUGUAGCCUUCUCCAGAGUUCUAAUCAAGAAGUCGCAAACAAAGUCAAAGCUGGACUGAAAAGCCUCAUUCCCACAUUGGAAAAAAACAAAAACACCAGCAAAGGAAUAGAAGCACUACUUGAAAAAUUGACUGCAUAAGUAGAAACAGUUAAGAAUGAGAUGGAAUCACUUUCCUUGUUUUGUUCUAUUUUCCAGAAGAGGGCUAGGAUCCUCCUUACUGGUAAUAUGAAUGCUCUGUAUAUGGGUUUCUUCUUUGUAUAAGAGUAUUUAUAAAAUGAUUUUUUUAAUGAUCUUUAAAAAAAAAAAAAUCCCAGUCACCUCUGUCGUAUUGAGUAGUAAGCAAAUCAUAAUGUGAGGCAAUAAUGUGAAAGAUUUAACAAUCAUGUACAUUAGGCCUAGCCAUAUAUGAAGUAGCUGCAUGCAUUGAUUCAAGGGAGAAGGCAAGGCUUCAUGGAGGUGAUAGUUGAGAGGACCUCCGAGGAGGUUGUAAAGAAGAACCAUGGGGAGCUUAGUGGAAGCAGUGAGGUAGAAAUUUUGAACUGACCGCAGGAACUUUAGAGCCUUGGUGGGUAUAGGGAGGGAGGAAUCCAUGCAAUGAUGGUAACUGUAGUCCUUGCUGCUCUACACGUUGUUUUACAUGCUCGAUUUUGAUUGAAAGUGAUUUAAAUUAAGACUUGUGCUAAUGCAUUAGGGAAUAUGGUGGGCAGUAGUGUUAAGGCCAAGGCCACUGGAAAAAUCUCCCUCUUUGAAUCUGGGCCUUUCAAGUGAAUACCUCCUUGUGAUGAGAUUUUUUCCCAGGGACUGUCUCCACAGUAGAUGGAGCCUGUCGAGUUUGGGUUGGAAGGAAGAAGAUACAAAACUGGUAACAGUGCAGAAGUUUGAAUUUGAGUGCAAGGUAGGAUUUUUGAAUCUAAAACUGCUCUGGCGUCUAGCAACAGUGAUUAGGAGGAGUAGGUCAGUGUAGCCCAGCCUGUGAAUACCUGAUGAAUUUUGAAACCAAGCCUCGGUGCUUCCACUAAGUAACCUGCUAUAACAGGACAUCCACUCGGGUCUGUCCUGCAGUUACACCUGCUAGCAAAUAGCCUUGCCUCUAGCACGUGACCUGACUGUGGGGUCCGGGACCACUCCCAACACACAAGCUACCAGCACUCCACCUGCUGUCCUCUCUUGCCGGGUGCAUUGAACUCUGUUCAAGGACUGUAAGUGGAUGCCUUUAAUUCCUUUAGCAAGGGAUUCCAGCCCCACACUCCACAACCAGCACCAAUGCAAACACCCUUCUACCACUCAGCUGGGUCAAAUGGUAGAAGUGGGACAGCCGCGGAUCUGCUGGUGGGGUGAGGAGGUGAAUGGGACAGGUAAGAUCAGAGUUUGCUUUUUGUUUGACUAAUACAUUCCAAGUUUGUCUUUUCUAUACAAAGGAUCCAUUCAGAAAAAGAGGGGAGAGGGAGGAAUCCCUGGUUUUUUUUUUUUUAAUCUUUGACAGAAAAAAAAGCAAAAUAAUGUACAUGAUUUAAAAAGUUAGAUAGAGCAUAUAAUAAAAGCAGUAAUCCUUUCCCUUCCCCAUUCCCCAUACUCCUGCCUUACUUCCCCAGAAGCAAUUACUUUUCUGCUACACUCUUAAAUACCUAGUUUUGGGGUUUUGUUUUGAUCUACCACUUUUGGAUAUUAUCUUUUGACUUCCUAUUAUGGGAAAAGACUUUAAUAUGUUUUAUCCCUGCUAUUACCCACUUUCUAUCUUCCCACUAGAACUGUAUUAUUGUUGGUUUUUUUUUUUUUUUUUUGAUAUAUCAGUGUUCAGAAUUUAUAUGAUUAUGCUGGCACUAAUUGUUAAAUAGAAGUGAUGAACUGUCUUUACAUUUCCUAUACUAUUUUAUAUUUCCUAGAAUUAAUAAUUACCUCCUUUUUUUUUCAUUUGCUUCCUUUUCUACAUUCCUGUUAUUAAUGUUUCCCCAAUUUUUUAAAAAUCAGAAUUGCUUAAACAUUUUAACAGGCACCAUUUUCCUGUUUUCUGCCUGAUAUUGUUUCUGUAGUGUCCUCCCUUUUCCCCAUAGCUCUGAUGUCCUAGCUGAUAUUGUCCCUCAACUGGGUCAUAGAUGUGCUGAAAUUUUAACAAAUCCACCCACUGUGCCCUGGGCCAUGCCAACAUUUCCCUUGUGUGUCUUGUGCAAAAGAGCACUGAUAGGAACAAAUCCUGGGGGCCAUUCCUAAGGUCAUUAAUUUAGGGUUAGCAAAGAGUCUGGCCAAUGAACUUAGAAAAGAAUUGGUGCUCCUGAGAAAGGUUUCUUAGAUCAUAGACCCACAAGAAAGAGGGCCCCCCUCUCUCCUGCCAGCCGAGUCUAGUAUGUGCCCACCAGAUGUUGAGAGCUAUUGAGCUGUCCUAUAACCAUGAGAGAAGAAUGAAAGUAUGCUGAGGAUGACUGAGCAAAAAGUGGGAAGAAUCUGGAACCUUGAUGAGCUGUUGAAUAAAUCAACUCCUGUUGCUUAGUCCUGGACUUUUGGUUAUGUGACAGAAUACACUGAUUCAUCAUCUAGGCCUGAGUUUCUGAAGACUGAUUUUCAUACUGUGCAACACAUCAAGUCAACUAGUGUUUCCAGUUUCGCCUGGAGAGACCCCUCUUGGAGCUGACUUUGUGGAUGUCCCAAAGAACUGUGGCACGAUCAUUAUCCUAGCCCUUCCCUUCAUUUCUCCCUUGGAAAACCCGUUUCUUGGAUCCUGUACAUUUCUUAUUGUUGCCUAACACUCUUUCUUAAAUGGGUCACAGUCUAGUAGCUUCCUGGGAAAGUGUGAAUAUGAGAUAAGAUUUAAUUAUGCAAGGCAUUGGUCAACAUUGUGUCUGACUUGGCAGAAUUGCUGUGGAAGGCCAGUUCCCUCCUUACUAACUUCAACAUGUGGCCUUUUGGAGCAGGAGAGAGGGCCUUCUCUGAAAGGUUACAAAACUUUUUAAUUCCCAGUCUGUUUAUAUUUCAGAAUCAUGUGCACAGGCAUAUGUCGUGCAUGUUGAACGUGCUGGCACUUGUUUGUUCAACCAUGUCAGUCAGAAAAGUGAAGCCCUUCCAUUCUGGCAGGUAUACUUAUUGUUUCUCUGAAUUUUUUCCCCACCCAUUUUCCUUAUUUCUCUUUGAAAGGACUUUAUAAAGAUAUUGAAUGUUGUUGGUCAAAAAAAAAUUUGUUGGCUUUUUGUUUUACCCAUAGAUGAGUGAGAUAUUUCCUCCACUCUUUCUGUCAGCCUUUCUACUUAAGUGUCCUUUUCUUGUUUCUUGAAUGAAAUAUCUAUUAUGCCACUGGAAGUGUUGUAUUUCAUGUUUGUUUUACUUUGCUUGUCUCUAUUUGUUUUGCUGUCUGCUCUCUGCAUUCAAUUUGGUCUCUCUUGUUUGAGGUUUUUUGGGGAGUAUUUGAUUUAAUAAUUAAGAGACUUAAAACUGAUCAGCAACUGCUGGUGGCACAGCAGUUGAGCGCUGGGCUGCAAAGCUGUCUGUGGCCUCUGCAGCGCCAGUUCGAUCCCAGGUCGCCAGCAAGGGUCCCACAUGGCGCGACAGACCUCUCCUGCCAUGCCUGCUGCUCCCCUCAGCAGUGUAUUUCAUCGUCUGCCUGUUCUGCUCCCCACUCUGGCUCUGGUGAAUUCUCUCACCCUCCCGUACUUCUGACUGUGCCCUGUGCUUGUAUAAAUAAAUAAAUAAAAUAUUAAAAAAAAAAAAAAAGAAAUUUUUGUUAAAAAAAAAAACAAAACCUGAUCAGCAAGAGAGUAGGCCCAUCCUGUCCACUACUGUUGACUGCCCUUGCCAUGUAGAUACUGCUAUUUUGCUGGAGUCCUCCAGAUGUCAGAAUCUGUAGACCUUUUGUCUGGAGCCAUUUAGUGCCCCCAAAGAGAAAUCCACCUAGCAGCCAGUAUUUUCUUGCUCAACACUCAGUGUGCAGAUUUUGAUUAACCUACCCACUUUCCACACAGUGCCUCUCCCUCAAACUCCCUUCUCCCUGGGGCCCAGUAGUCUGGAGAAGCUGAACCAGCAUGAGUCCACAAAAUAAAUUUGGUCUCUGCCAAGACUUAGAGUGCUAGUCACCCUGUUUUAACCAGGCCCCAUGUUUUCCAAUCCAGUCGUCAUCCUAGUUUUUGCUAGUACCUGGCACCUUCUGAUGCAUACACUUUGCAUUCACUUUGCAUUCAGCUCUCUCUGCCAUGCUUAUUUCCCCAUUGCUUCCUCUUCUAGAUAUUUGUUGCUAUUAUUUGCUCGCUGAUGGCUUCUCACCUGUUUACUUUUUUCUUGUGAGUUGAUACCACUUUUAUUCGUAGCAGAAACCUACAAAUGGUUUUAACAAAACAAUCCACCAGGCAGAAUGAAGGGUUUUGAUUUUUUGGUGGAAGGGCUUACUUAAUUUGAGUAUAUCUUUUAUUUUCAUAUUUUAAAUCUAGCUUUUUGUAGUGUUCACACAUCCUCCCAACCCCUUGCUUUUUUCCCCAGGGAUCAGAAGUUGCCUAGAAGGAAGAAGAGCCCUGAUUUCCCUUUAAGCCUGUGAUAAUAUGUAUUUGCAUAAUAGGAUAAGGUCCCUUAGAGGAACUGCCUUUCUGCAAGCCCAAACUCCUUAGAUUAUGAGAUAGUACUUGUUUCUAUUUUCAAUGAAAUUUUGAAAAGGUUACAUCUUAAUUAUAGCAGAUUAAUCACUCUUAAGAGUAUGUCUUACAAAGAUGAAGGUGUGUGUGUGUAUAUUUAGAAUAAUGGUUGCGAGCACAAAGUCAAAAAUAGCAGCAGUUAAUAUUGAGCUGCGACAAUCAUAAACCCUCUAUAUUAAAACUAGAUAACUGAAGGCCUCCCUGGUGGCGCAGCGGUUGAGCGCUGGGUUGCGAAGCUGCCCGCAGCCUCUGCAGCACCGGUUCGAUCCCCGGCUGUCCCCCGGCCACCGGAGAGGGUCCCACAUGGUGCACAGACCUCUCCUGCCGCCCGCUGCUCCCCUCAGCAGUGUACUUCGGUCCUUCUGCCUGCUCUGCUCCCCGCCCUGGCUCUGGUGAAUUCUCUCACCCUCCCGCACUUCUGACUGUACCCAGUGCUUGUAUAAAUAAAUAAAAUAAGUAAAAAAAAAAACAAAAAACUUUAUAACUGAACAUGAAAAUCUGCCACUUGAGCUCUUUUUCUCACCUCUGAAUUGCUUGACCUAGGGAAAACAGCUUUGUUGUCUUCUCUGUUAUGGGCUGAAUUGUAUCCCCCUCAAAUUUGCAUUGAAAUCCUAAUCCCCCAUAACCUCAGAAUGUGACUAGCUGGAGAAGGAUCUUUAAAGAGGUCACUGAGGUAAAUGAAGUCGUUUGGGAAGGCCCUAAUCCAGUAGGACUUGUGUCUAAGAGAUUAGUAUACACUUACCGAGAAGACCAGGUGAAGACAGAGAAAAUAGCCAUCUACAAGCCAAGUAGAAAGGUCUCCAUGUGAAACCAACUCUGCUGACACCUUAAUCUAAGGCUUCUAGCCACCUAAACUGUGAGGAGAUAAAUUUCCACUUUUAUGCCCCACUGUGUGUAGUAUUUGUUAGGCCAGCCCUAGCAAACUAAUAAACCUUCCCUCCGUUUCUGAUUUUAAAAACAAUACUACCAGAGUGCCUCAAGUUCCCUAACCUUAUUUCCAGUUGUAUUCUGAGGGUUUUUAAAUGAGCCAGGAAAUAGUCUUAAUCAGGAGAUAGUCUUCUCUUUGGGUUGUGUCUUUUGUGAAGAGUAACUACAUGGUCUUUGCUCUGCAUUCCAAAGUGCGCAAAUAGACAUGGUUGCUGUGUACGUUUUCUUACCCAAAACACCUUGGAAGAUUCCAGUGACAUUUCCACUUCCAUCUCUACCAAGGAGUGGCAUUUGGGAAUCUUUCAAGAUGUUUUAUCCAAUUUGUAAGUAUGGACUUGUGUCCAUUCUUGAACAGGUAUAGUCAAUGAGAGAACUGCAAAAAUGUGGUAAUGAGAAAUCUUGAUCCCUUGUUUUGUUUUGUUUUUUCUUUUUUGUGGGACCCUCGCCGGCGGCUGGGGAUCGAACUGGUGCUGCAGAGGCUGCGGGCAGCCUCGCAGCCCAGCGCUCAACCGCUGCGCCACCAGGGGAGGCCCCGGUCCUUUGUUCUUAGUGGAAUUAAUUAUAUCUUGGAGUUGGAGAUAGUUACGUCUUAGAUGUGACUGUUACAUGACAACCACUUGAGUAGAAGGUGAUAGCAAUCUGGUAAGGUUAUGAUAAUCAAGUGACUGCUCUUGAGGACUAUAAUUAAACAUAGUAAAUACUUCAGAUUUUUUUUUUUUUUUCCGGGGAGCAGCCGGGGAUCGAACCGGUGCUGCAGAGGCUGCGGGCAGCUUCGCAACCCAGCGCUCAACCGUUGCGCCACCAGGGAGGCCCUACUUUACAUAUUUUAAAUGACUUGCAGGUGCUUGAAAACAGGCAUUGCUUUUUAAUAGAAAUCCUCCUGUAUUUAAAACUCAUACUCUUGGGGCCUCCCUGGUGGUGCAAGGGGUUAAGUCACAGCACUCCGAGGCUAGCAGCAGCCACUGCAGCACGAGUUCGAUCCACACAUGGCAUGGCAGAUCUCUCCUGUCUCGCCCGCUGCUCCUCUCAGCCGUGUAUUUCAGUAGGUCUGCCUGUUCUGUUCCCCACUCUGUCCUCUCUCAUACACACCCCCCCACGCCUCUGGCCUGUACCCCAGUUCUUGCAUGCAUAAAUCUUUUUUUUUAAAGAUUUAUUUAUUUAUUUAUACAAGCACUGGGUACAGUCAGAGGCAUGGGAGGGUGAGAGAAUUCACCAGAGCCAGAACAGGGAACAGAACAGGCAGAUGGACCGAAAUAUACUGCUGAGGGGAGCAGUGGGCGCGGCAGGAGAGGUCUGCGCGCCAUGUGGGACCCUCGCAGGUGGCCGGGGAUCGAACAGGCGCUGCAAAGGCUGUGGGCAGCUUCGCAGCCCAGCACUCAACCACUGCGCCACCAGGGGAGGCCCUGCACAUAUCUUUUUAAAAAUUUUACUAAAAAUCGUAUUGUUAGACCUACCAGUUAAGAUUGACUUGCUGCUACUACAUUAACAGUAGGCAGUGGAAAAAGAAUAAACUUAAGUCUUAGAGAUGUGUUUAACAGCAAGAAACCUGAGGAAAAGCACAAGUUUUGCAUUUUAUUUAUUUUAUUUAACAAUUUAUAUGUAUUUUACAUCAUUGUUCUUUUUUUACAAUGUUUUCUUUAACUAUUUUUCUUAAACACAUCAACUCUUCUCCAUUUGUAUUGUUUAAUACCUCAGACCAGCUCUAAAAUGUAUUCUACUUCUAAUAAUAGAAGCAGACAUGUUUUUGGCUGAGUGGCACCUCUUGGUGGGUUCUCCAUCCCUCAGUCAUCCUACAUGGGAUGGGGAGUGAACCUUUCAUGAUCUCUGCCAGCUGCACAGGUCUCCCAAGGUGUAAUUCCAGCCCCUUGGUCAUAUUUAGCUAAUGGAUAAAGUACUUAGAAGUAAGUAGCAUCAAAUCAAAACCUCUGGUGUGGACCAACACCAGAGUAGUUAGAGGUCCAGGGCUUCCAUGAAGGAAAUUGUGAAACAGACUCUUGCUUCCCAUGUCUCAAGUUCUUUAGAGCGUAGCCUGGUGCUGUUUGCCUGGAUGUUACUAUAUCUCAUCAAUUCCAAAAAUGCAUGUUCCCCCCCAUAUUUUAGCCAAUCUGAAAGGAAUAGUGUCUUAGCUAUUUUUAUUAGUAAUACAGAAAAUAAUGGUGGUCUUAGUCCAGGCUUAUUGGUCAAGUAUUCCAUCUUUUUCUUGCUACCUAAGCCUGCUUUGUUUUUUUUGUAGUAAUUUUUCACCCCUUUCAAAAGUUUCCUUUAUUGCCACAUUCCUAGAAGUGAACAAUUAGGUUGAGGUGUCUUCUGUAUAUUAGCACACAGAUCACAUCCCUUUGGAAAAUGAAGGUCAGGUAGAAUUAGGGGCAGUCUGGGAUAGUGAUGCCGAGCCUCAGCCAAGCCACAUUGUGAUUUGUAACCUACUAACUGCAUCCUUGGGCAAGUCACACAACCUUUCUGUUUCAGUUUCCUCAUUUAUAAAAAUAGGACACAUUUCAUGGGUCACUGUGAAAAUGAUUUGUGUUUGUGUAAAGGGCCUCCCUCUAUCUGGGCCACACGGAACUCACUCUCAGGGCUUUCAUAUGUGCAGGAGGAAUCUGGGAUUUGGAGAUUGUCAGAAAGGCACCUCUGACAACUGUGAAAGUCAUGACUUGGAAAUCAGAGUUCUAUCUUUGAGAUGUUUAGCAUCAAACAUUUCAACAAUGCUUGCACCAAAUGCAAAAUUGUACUUUUGAGUAAAAAUUAAGAAAUCACACAGGAACUCCGUGAAUCUGUUACCACUUUGAGAUACACAUUGUACAAUUUAAAACAUCUGCAGUGGACAUUUGACAAGUUAGUCAAAUGCGUGAGCCCUCAUUCCAUUUGUAGCUAAUGUGGGGUAAGGUGGUUUGCCAGCUCUUUCAAUUACUUCUACCACGCUUUAGAAAGCUGAGAGCAAAAGUCCUUGAUCCCAAAUGGGCUCCUUUUAAAAUGCAUAUAACAUUGGUAUGAGCAUAACUUUAGCACAUACCUUAGCUGUUGCUAGUCAUUGACAACCUCUUUUGAAGUCUGUCAACUUGUUCAUGUAGAAGGCUGAGAGCUUGACAGAUUGGAUGGUUUAUUUCCUUGGAGGAGUAGGCACUAAUUUGUGUUUCGUUUGCCAGGUCCAGUAAACUCAAGUAAGCUGAGAAGUGUGUAUGUAUGGGAGGUGUGGAGGUUUCAGUCUUUAUGUAGUGGUGUUGGUGUCUGUAGGGUGAAUAAUUGUCAGGCUUUUCUGCCCUCCCGCCAUUAGGAUUGAUUUAGAUCCCUGCAGUCCUGAAUGCACGCCUGAUGGCGGGCACCUGGGGUAGGGCAUGGGCAUACGUAGGUGGGAUACACCUGGGCUGAGACUGGGCUUAUAAGGGCAGCGUCACUGCGACGCCAGCAGAGCGAAAGAAGCUGGAGAACAAGUCAGAGAAUGGAACUAGCAGAGAAGCAGAAGCCACAAGAAAACAUGUGAGAGAGCCCAGUAAAGAGUGAAGAUUCGCUGGGAGCUAGGAGACCUGCCAGCCACCUGCCCUGUACCUGGUAAACUGAAUAACAGCCACUGAGGGCUGCAGGACUUCUUCACUUGUCUGCUCGAAUUGUAGAGAUCCUGCUCCGCCCCUUCCUACUGCUACAGCAACCAAUGUCACAUGCGUCAGCACCCAGAGACAAAGUGGGCUAACUUUUUAGGAUUAUUCUGUAAACAGCCUUGGACUUGGUUGGGGAACUUGGACCCCGUAUGAGUUCUGCCCCUUGCUGGGCAGAUGCGUCAUCUUUAAAACAGACCACCUGCCUAGAGUUCCUUUAAUUACAAGGCCUUUUAGACAAGAUCUUCUACAUCUGUAGGGUUUGAGAAGCGAACCAUACUGAAAAGCAUGGGAUAUUUUCUGAAGAUCAGGAUUUCAGUCUUGGGCCUGACUCUGACUGGGAAUGUGGGUAAGUCUUCACCCCUCUCAAAAAGUUAUUAUUUAUUGCUAUAUUCCUAGAAGUGACAGGGUUAGGAUGAGAUGUUUUCUACGCAUUUGCACAUAAAUCACCCCAUUGGAAAUAAAAAAUGGGAACCUCUGUUAUCUAUAAACAUAGAAAUAAUAUCUGAAGUACUCGAAAGGAUUGGGGGUCAGAAUCAAAUGAAAUUGUGCCUGUGAAGUUGUAAAACCCUGUAGGUGGUUAGGAUUCCUCAGUUAAAUCAGAUAUCCCUUUAUUUGGUCACAGGUUGAAGUGUAUAGAUAAAAGUAAAAAAACUACUAGUCUAGGAAUAAGGGCAUUUAAAGACAUGCUAAAGCAUUGUCUACAAAAGCACAAGGCUAUUUGCAACAUUUUUGACAAACUAUUCUGUUAAUUGGGACCUAAAAGUAAAGGAGGGAAAAACAGUUUGCCCUUUACCUUCUAAGUUCUUCCAAGCCACACUUCUCUAAACUGGAGGCCCUGUAGCAAAACAUUAAUAGUAGAAACACAUUCAAGUCUACUUAAGUUCCACAAGACUUCAUGUGGAACUUCAAAAGGAAAUGAAACCCCAAAGAAGCAGUUAAUCUUGAGCAUUUUUAUGCUAUUUGAAGACUGAAAAACCAUGGGAAAAUAUAAGAUAAAAAAAGUCUAUCAACUAAGUUGGGGAAAAAGCAAGACCUGUUCAGAUUCCUCUUGGUGUCCCUUCAUCUUCAGAGAUAGGGCGCUGCUUUUCCUUCAGGUACACAGAAGACACUCAUCUUAGCACCUGCUUCUGGGGAAGAUCAAAAAGUCCUUGCAGGAACAAUUUCUCAAAUUCCUUAAACAGUGUGCCAAGGUGCCUUAUUUUAGGGUAUUGUCCUUAUCACAUCAAUAGUAAAUAGCGUUGCCAGCUCUACUUGUUUAAUGUAACUCAUUAAUGAGUUACAUCAAUCUUUGACAACUUACAUAUUUGUAUGAGAAUUAAGCCUUAGCUGAAAAUAUUUUUGACAUUAAAAAGUAACUUCAUUUCCCUGUUGUGCUUUAAACAUAAUUAUAUGUUACUUUGCAAUCUUUAGUGCAACAAACCUUGGAAACUUUCUAAACGCUGUCAGUUAAUGCCUGUUUUAGAGUUGAAGCAGCAAAUGGUUUCCACUUAGCAUUGUGUUGUCAGUUGCAGUUAUGCUCUGACUAUUCUGUGCAAACGAUUCUAUCAGUAUUUAGAUUGCAUUUUAAGUUUAUGUGUUUUAAGGAAAACUUCAAAGAUUUACAGUUUUAGUUGCUGAAUAAUAUUAAAACUUCUCACCAGCUUUGAUUUAAAAAUGUUUUUAUUGAAAACAUUCGUUUGUAACCAUUCAGGUGUACCACAUUAUAAAUCAGCAUGUAAAAUGUCCACCUGAAGUUCAGUUCUCAUCCUUUCUUACUUAGUUGUCUCCUUGAACUCACCUUCCUUUCUGACAGACCCUAUUUUGUUCUUAUAGUGUAAAAGUUUGCUUUUGUUUUAUUUAUUUCAUUUCUUUAUAUUCCUUAUGAGUGAAUGGCUUUCUCUAACUUAUUUCACUUAGUAUAGUACCUUCUAGGUGCAUCCAUGCUACUGCACAUGGCAAGGGGUCUUUUUUUUUUUUAGUACUCUUUUUUAAAAAGAUUUAUUUAUUCAUGCAUACAAGAACCGGGGUACAGGCCGGAUGUGCAGGAGGGUGAGAGGACUCACCAGAGACAGAGUGGGGAACAGAACAGGCAGACUGACUGAAAUACACUGCUGAGGGGAGCAGCGAGUGAGAUUGGAGAGGUCUGCCGCACCAUGUGGGGACCGAAACCACACUGCAGAGGCUGCGGACAGCUUCACAGUGCUGUGCUCAACCGCCUGCGCCACCAGGGAGGCCCUGUCAUUGUCUUUUUUUUAAAUAGAAAAGUCAAAUUCCAUUGUAUGUAUACCAUAUCUUUUUCUGGUUGCCUGGUAAAGAUGCAUUUGUUUUUUCCAACUCUUGGCUGUUGUAAAUAAUGCUUCAAUGAACCUGGGUGUGCAUGUACCCCUUGGAAUUAGGAUUUUUUGUGGGGUUUUUGUUUGUUUUGGUAAAUAUCCAGAAGAGGGAUAACUGGAUCACAUGAAAUUUCUAAUUUUUUAAGAAAUCUCAGUACUGCUUUCCAUAAUGUCUGCACUAAUUUACAUUCCCAGUAGCAUUGGGCAAGAGUUCCCUUCUCUCCACAUCUUCUCCCAACAAUUGUUGUUUCUUGUCUUUUGGGUAAUAGUCAUUUUCACAAGUAUGAGAUGGUAUCUUGUUUUAAUUUGUGUUUCCCUAAUAGGAGAUGAUGAAUAUCUUUUCAUGUGCCUAUUAGCCACCUGGAUGUUUGUCUUUGGAGAAGUGUUUAUUCAAAUCCUCUGCCCAUUUUGUAAUCAGGUUUUUUUUUUUUUUUUUUUUGUGGUUGAGUUUUCUUUAUGUAUUUCGGACAUUACUCUUAUUGGAAAUAUGAUUUGCAGAGACUUCUUCCAUUCAGUAGAAUAACUUAGUUUUGGUGUUAGUUUCUUCCAGUGUGUAGUAACUUUUUAGUUUGAUGUAGUUCCAUUUGUUUGUUUUUGUUUCCCUUAUUGUUGGAGUUGAAUUUCCAAAGGCAUCUAUAAGCCUCGUGUCAAUAAACAUAUCACCUAUGGUUUUUUCUACAUAUUUUGUGGUUCUAAGUCAAACAUUCAAGGUUUUUUUUAAUAUUUUAAUUUUAUAUAGUUUUUAUAUCAUUUUUCAUUUUUGCACAAUGUAUGCAUUUUCAUCUUGGUUAUAGUCCCCAUACAAUUCCCACCCCCACCUUGUUUUGAUCCUACUCCCCCCUCCUCCCCCUGUACUGUGUGUCUGGUUUAUAGUUGCAUGUUGAUUUUGAUUUUUACUUUAUUAUAAUUAGUCUUUUUCCUGGUCCCUUAUAUAGGUUUUCUAAAUUCCUGCUAUGAGUGAGACCAUCUGGUAUUUUUCUUUUUCUUUCUGGCUUAUUUCACUGAGCAUGAUCCCUUCCAGCUCUAUUCAUGUUGGUGCAAAUUGCAUGAUUCAUGUUGCUGCAAAUUGCAUGAGUUUAUCUUUUUUGAUUGCUGAGUAAUAUUCCAUAGUGUAUAUGUACCACAUCUUCUUGAUCCAGUCAUCUAUUUUUGGGCAUUUGGGUUGCUUCCAUAGCUUAGCUAUUGUGAAUAGUGCUGCUAUAAACAUAGGGGUGCAGGUGCCCUUUUGAAUUAAUGUUUCUGUGUCCUUUGGGUAAAUACCUAGCAGUGGAAUUGCUGGAUCAUAUGGAAGCUCCAUCUUUAGCAGGUUGAGGAAUCUCCACACAGCUCUCCACAGUGGUUGGACCAGUUUGCACUCCCACCAACAGUGCAGGACGGUUCCUUUUUCUUCACAUCCUUGCCAACAUUUGUUGUAGCUAGUUUUUUUUUUUAAUAUGUGCCAUUCUCACUGGUGUAAGAUGGCAUCUCAUUGUAGUUUUGAUUUGCAUUUCCCUGAUUACAAGUGAUGUUGGACAUUUUUUCAUAUGCCUGUUGGCCAUUUGCAUUUCCUCUUUGGAGAAGUUUCUUUUUAGCUCUUCUGCCCAUUUUUUGACUGGAUUGUUUACUUUGUUUUUGAUGAGUCUCUUCAGCUCUUUGUAGAUUUUUAUGAUCAGUCCUUUAUCAGUAGUGUUGUGUGUCAAAAUUUUCUCCCAGUCAGUGGGGUGGUCUCUGUUUUGGUUACUGUCUCUUUUGCUGUACAGAAGCUCUUUAAUUUAAUGUAGUCCCAUCUGUUUAUCUUUGCCUUCACUAUCACUGCUUUGGGUGAUGUGUCUUUAAAGAAAACAUUCAAGUUUUUAAUCCAUUUUGAAUUACCUUUUUGUGUAUUCAUCAACUUGAUUUUUAAGGGAGAUUAAAUAUUUGAGCAAAGUGGAAGUGUGAUGAAAGUUUUCCCUUUCUGAUUAGAAGACCUAGGUCAGAUAGUAUUACCCAUAUUUAACUUAUUUAACUUACUUGAUAAUUGUUUGAGCCACUAGAAACUGAAAAAAAGCAGGUGGCACAGUGGGAAAAUUUACUGCAGGAUUUAGUGGGGCAAAAUUUAUAGCAGUAGUUCAAAGAGAAUGAGCUACUUCUAGUUAAAAUGUCUCUCGAGAAGUUUCUUAAGGUACAGUUAUGCCAAGACAGUCAGAAAGACAUAAAAUUCCAGCAAGCCAAGAUUACGUUUGUAGUCCAUAUUUUAAGUCAGUCAACAAUAAAAAUAAAAGAUGGAAAAGAAAACAUCUGUAGUACCUACAUGUGAAAUGUCUUUAAAAUCUGUUGUUUUUUUUUUUUUUUCUAUACUGUUAAGAUUACCUUCUGUCUAUGCGCAAUUUAUAAAUGUUUUAUGGCCCCAGGUACAUACCUCCCAGUGGCACAAACCCCAUCCACUGGUUCCAUUCCCUGCCUCUUGCCUCCCCCUGGAUGUGCCAGGGACUUGGCCAGAGCUUUAUGGUGAACCAGGGGAACAAACAGGACCAGCAGUUUAGGGGAGUAAACUGUAAGAACUACAGGAACACCGGGUCCUCUUCCACCAGGGCUAGUGGGAGAGAGAUGUUCUGACUUGCCUUAGAGCAGGUAAUACCUUGUGCUUUUUUUUUUUUAAAUGCUUGUUCUAUGACCAUUUUAAUGCCCAAAACAAUAAAAAUAAUAAAUCCUUGGUUGGUAUUGACUGAAGUUCUAGUAGUGAAAAUCCAGUUUAUAGAUGUUUAUAUUAAUAAUAUGGUAUAACAAAUACUACAUUUGGAAUAAAGUGAAAAGCAGCUUGGCAAAAGACUUUUGAGGGAUGACUAGGAAUCAGGGAUCCUAGAUCCCUGGAUUUAGACACUGCAAACCCUGGGUCCUCUCUUGCAUUAGGCCUGAACUUCUUCCUGUAUAGACACCACUCCAGAUCUGUCCUUGUAAACUGAAAAUGCAGUGUUCAUACAAACGUGCCAUUUGGAGUGAGGCAGGAGUUGCUUUGUGAGCGCAACCUAAUUGAGUGAUGGCAAAUCAAUGUUAUAUCAUUCCUGCUAAUGAAGAACAGAUAGAAAAUAACAGUUAUUACUCAUCUUUCAUCUCCAACACUUUCAUCAGCGUAGCAUCGCUUUGAGGCUAAGAACACAUGCUCUGCAGAGAAAUUGUGUUGCUUGAAAUUCUGCUUCAACACUUCCUAGUUUAUGACAUCAGCUACAUUAACCAACCUCUGGGCGCCCCAGUUUUUACGAGAAUGACAAUUUUCUAUGCAAUUGUGAUUAUUUAACUGUAUAUGGUAUAUUUAACACGUACACUCAUAACUUUCCUUAUUACCUUUGCUGAGUGAUUAAUUGAGGCAGAAACAACUACCUCAAUACUUGAAACAAAACCCUGAUUUUUAGUUGGGUGGCCUGUGCUCAACUCAAAGACAGAAUUUCUAGUCUUUGUCACAGAAGUUUUUGUCAGUGAGAUGUAAAAAGCAUGGUAUGGAGAUCAGAAGUCAUGUUAUAUAGGAGAGUGAGUGCCCUUUUUUAGUCUUUUCCCCACUGAGCUUAGAUGGGAUAGGGAACUCUUGUGGCUUUGUGGUCAGUCUUGACCCUAGGCUUGUAGAAGUGGUGAACAAAAGGUAGCCUGGAUCCUUAACAAAUUUAUUGAGUUGCUGUACUUGCUUUGGACUGCCUAGCUUUAAAAUUCUUUCAUGGCUGUGUUCAGAUCACCUGGAGGGCUUAUUAGAACAGAUUUCUAGGCCCUUCCCCUAAAAUUUCUUUAGUAAGUCUUGUGUGGAGUCCCAAGAAUCUGCAUUUCUAACAAGUUCCCAAGUGAUAUGAAUGGUGCUGAUUCUGUUAUAGAGCAGGGAGAGGGUCAGCCCAAGCCCCGCAAAACUGCCUAUUUUAAAUGGGUUCUGCCAUCCGCCGCAUCAACACAAAACAUAUGAGACUUUAAUGGGAAGGAACUUUAAUAAAACUAGGAAACAAUACAGGUAAGGCAAAGAAUCUAGUUUCUAAAUUAAGCACCCAAAGUUACCCAUCCCCUCGUGGGUAAAAGUCCAUCCAAAUGGGAUUGGCCCAGAGCAAGGCCCCAAGGCCUGCCACAAGUCUAAAGCAUCUUCCAGUGGGGACCCACAAAAAAGGGUCACAAACAACCGGACAAGCCCGGAAGGAAAAGAGCAAAAUCAACAUCAAGAUAAAAGCUGCCAUUGUCACCUCCCCAUGGGUCUCACCCACAUCUGUGUCACCCAGUCCACGACCAAAAGACAAGCGCAGUUUCUUCACGUGUCUCUAGGCUCCAUGCGCCUCCUCCAGGUCUCCUUCUGGCUCCAUCCUGCUUCCUUCCUUAGUCUCUUCUGCAGCUUCUUCUCUCCCUGCUCAGCUCCACCCUCCCUUGGGUGGGGCAGGGAACCUCCCCCUUUCCUGGGGACCACCCUGUUGCAAUUCCAGGACCAUGUUUUGUAAGCCAAGAUUCUAUGUGUUAGGGAAAUGAGUACUGAGUACCUGGCAUGUGCUGGGCCUCUAUAAAAACAACUAAGACAUGAACCAUGAUGUGAUAGUGGUUACCUCCUAGCUGAUACUUAUGUGGAAUUCACUUGGGUCAGAUCCAUGAUAGAGUUUACAAGAGAGCGAUGAACAGCCAAUGAUUUCCCAUCACUCAAUUCUGAAAAAGUGGAGAGACACAAGGGCAAGGCUGAGGAGAGACCCGUAAAUGCAGUGGUUAUCAAGAUUGGAAUCACCUGAGGAACUUGAAAAUACUGAUGCCUGGGCCUAUCUCCAGGGAUUCUGAUAUAAUUGGUCUGGGUUGGGUCCUGCAUAUCUGGAUUGUUUAAAAUGCCUUGGUGAGUCUCACGUGCAUCCCAGGUUGAAAACCACUGAUCUUAGCUAACACCAAGAGGUGAGGUCAUUGCCCCAAGGUCACACACAUCAUCAGAAACAGGUUUGACCAGCUGAAUGCUCUUCAGAUGCUUGUCUGACCUUUGAAACCUGCCCGCAGCCAGGUGCUCUGCCAGUUUUAUUCUCCCUGGCCCUUAAUUGUCAGUGACAUAGGAUGUGUGGUGCUGUAAGCACACAUCUGCUCCAGCUCCAUGAUAGAGGACUUAGCGCAGCUCACUAGUUUUCCUAACAGAUUUUCCUUGGUGACAGCAAAACAGAUCUUUUUAAUUAGCAGUAGAUAAUGAAUUUAAACAGCAUUGAAGUCGUUCCAAAAUCUCCCAUAACUACCCUAAAUAACAUCGUUCGUGAGGUACUCUCGUGGGGUGGAUUGUUAAGAAAUAUCUGUGGUAGAACACAGCUGAAAACCCUCUGUGGGAUUAUUUUCCUUGGUUUUACUUUGAUGAUUGUUGGGUUAGAACCAGAGUCUGUCAGAGCUGCAAGGACUUUACUGUUAUAAUGUUAUCUUCUCCCCUUACUGGAUAUGCUUAUCUUGUCUACUUUUCUCUGUUAUGUGACCCUCCUGGUAGCAGGGAGUUCAUUCUCCGUCUCCCAAAAAGCCCUCUCAGAAUGUCCUUCCUUUCACUAAGUUGAGAAGGUUCCCUUAACUUCCACCCUUGAUCCCAGUUCAGCUCUCAGAAAAUUCAGUCCCAGCCCUUCACUGCUAAGGGAUCAGGGCAGCUUCCCUGGGGGCAUCCUAAAGGAUUUGAAUAGAUGUUUUUGUUUGGGAUGAAUACUGCUGCUGUUGGCUUCUGGAGGGACUGGGAAAAUAACACAUUGUCCUGUGGCCCUGAAAGUGCUUGCAAAUGAACUUCUCUUUCCCCUAAAUUUCUGUGGAAUUGGCAGUGGAUAUUUUGAUUCAUAUUUCUCUGAAAGAAAAGAAAAAUAUUGCCUAUCUUGAAGCCAUUGCUCUGUGGGCAUGCUCAACUUGUUAGAGUGGUAGUGUCUUCCUAGGUAAUAUUCUGUUGAGAAAGAGGGGUUUUGCCUCCAUUCCCUACCUGAUGUAGCCUCACUGGACAAGCUGUUCCAUCACUAGGUCGGUAACAUGGAAUCACAUGAACUAAAGGUUUCAGUUUCUUUCAACUUUUGAAAGUAAAUUUCAUAAAAUGAGAUCAUAAAAGAAAAUGAGCUAGUGCUUUAUUGAUGGGGCAAGAUAAAUGAAU